AUGCCAACAUCAGUAGCAGUCGUCGACGUGAAUAGCGACAAUAAACCAGACAUUAUUGUUGCAAUCUCUGAUUUAAAUACCGUCGGUGUUCUUCUCAAUACAGGCAAUGGUACCUUUAACCCUCAAACUACUUAUGCAGUUGGCAGUAGUCCAAUUUCGGUAGCAGUUGUCGACAUCAAUAGUGACAAUAAACCUGAUAUUAUUGUUGCAAACUAUGCUUCGAACACUACCAGUAUCCUUGCCAACGCAGGCAAUGGUACCUUUACUGCUCAAACUACUUACGCAGUUGGUAUUAGUCCAUACUCAGUAGCAGUCGCCGAUGUAAAUAGUGAUAACAAACCUGAUAUUAUUGUUGCAAACUCUGGUUCAACUUCGAACACUGUCAGCGUCCUCUUGCAUUGUUAA